GCCGUAGGCUGUAACGGGUCUAGCACGACAACGCGGCGGGGUCCGGGGAUAAGAGUCCCUCGCUCCGCUCGCGCGCUCCAGCGUACCAAUCAAACGCUAGGGGCGGCGAUAAGAGCAGGACAGGUGAUGACUGGCUUGAAAGUGCGAGGGGGAUGGGUGUGAAGGCGGGCGCGCCAUCGCCACGCCGUCGUCAUCAGUCAGUGACAGUUGUGUGGCGCGCGGCGUAGCCUGCGAGUGACGGUGAACGAAUGGUUAAGUGUUGUCGCGAGUGAGUGAGUGUCGCCUUCGACAUGUCGUCGCCGCGGCGGGCCGUCUACAGCAUCGACCACAUCCUGGGCCGGCGGCCGCGCGAGCAUGUGGAACUAAAGGCCGAGAGCCGAGCGCACACACCGUCCGACUCGGAGCUGGAGCUCGAGCACGAGCACGAGCACGAGCACGAGCGCGAGCACGAACAGGAACACGAGCAUGAAAGAGAGCAGGACUCGGCACGGGAGCCGCUGGAACUGGACUCAUUAGAUACCGGACGACCGAGAAAGGUGCGCCGCAGCCGGACCACGUUUACCACCUACCAGCUGCAUGAGCUGGAGCGCGCCUUCGACGCCACACAGUACCCCGACGUGUUCACGAGAGAAGAGCUGGCUCUCAGGCUAGAGCUCAGCGAAGCGCGCGUGCAGGUGUGGUUCCAGAACCGGCGAGCAAAGUGGCGGAAGCGCGAGAAGGCACUCGGCCGCGAGCACGCUCCCUUCCUCCACCACGACCACGUGGUGAGCGAGUGGAAUGGCGCGGGCUCCGGCGGCGAGUGGUGGGCGCUGGGACUCGGCGCGCUCGGCGUGGCCCCACCUUUAUGGCCCGCUGAACCUACUGCCUUCCGAGCCUUACUACACAGGUACGUGCUAUCGCUCCCGCCAGCGCUGGGUCCGCUGGCGCCACCGCCGCGCUCGCCGUCGCCCGGCGCCCGCGCGCCCGCCGCCGCGCCCGCCGACCUGCGCCUGCGCCUCGAACUGCCCGAGCGUGCGCUCGCGCUGCACGCCGGUAGCAAGAUGCACACGUAG